AUGUCAAAGACUACAAUAGCAAUCAUAGCGGCUGUGAGCGCAGCAACGGGUGCAGGAGUUACAGCAGCCAUGUAUUCUACGCGCUCAGAAAAGAAGAUCCAAGCCGUUCAGUCCUCCACAGCUCUUUCUACGACUUCGACAACUACGUCUCCUCCUGCUCCUAUGCCAGGAGCUCUUCCACUUCCACCGAAAGCUAUCAUCCCACCCGUCGAUCCAGCAGGGCUCUUCCAGUAUGGCUUUCCUGGUCCAGUCGCGGACCUCGCAACCCGCAACGCCUUAGUGUCAUCCUUCGACCGCCGACUACGAAAUCCUUCUUGGGUAGCAGAACACAUCACACCCGCCUCCCUCGCCGCUUCGCAUGGUGACCGCAAACACAGCGUCUUCCUGGAAGAUCCCUCCGUACCAGAGAAGUUCAGGGGCAAGCUAAAAGACUACUUCCGCAGUGGUUAUGACCGAGGGCAUCAAGUGCCCGCUGCAGACGCAAAAUGGAGCCAAGAUGCCAUGAACGACACUUUUUACCUGACGAAUAUGUGUCCGCAGGUCGGCGAGGGUUUCAACCGAGAUUACUGGGCGCACUUUGAGGACUUCUGCCGCAGACUCACGCAGCGAUAUCCGUCUGUUAGGAUCGUCACUGGGCCAUUAUAUCUUCCUAAACGGGAUGCUGUGGACGGGAAGUGGCGGGUCUCAUACGAAGUUAUUGGCAAUCCACCAAAUAUCGCUGUACCUACACAUUUCUACAAGGUUAUCUUCGCUGAGGAUGGGACGACGUCUGGACAAGUUGCUGUAGGAGCUUUCGUGCUUCCCAAUGCGCCGAUUCCAAACGAGAAACCGAUCACGGAUUUUGAGGUCCCGAUUGAGGCAGUGGAGAGGGCGAGUGGAUUGGAGUUUGCGACGAAGUUGCCUGUACAGAGACGGAAGAGGCUUUGUGCUGAUACGGUGUGCAGUUUGGUCAUUAAGGAGUAUGCUGCGAGGCAGAAAGCGUUCGGGAAGGGCGAUGGGCCAGCUGUGGAGAGGAGGACGAGCCCGAGGAAUUUAACUACUCCAGGUGGAAACUAG